GGCGCCCUGGGUGCGGCCGAGGGCAUCUCCUACCUCGUCAUCUUGGGAAUUGUGGCAUGGUCUGCAGCCACCAAGGCCUCGACCGGCAGUGGCCUCCCUGCCGGCCCCGCUGGCCUGCUGGGUGCAGUGGAGGGUUUCUCCUAUCUCUCCCUGCUGGCGGGCAUCGUGGUCUUCGGGCUGAAGAUCGCCACGCAGGGUUGA